UACCCUUUAAUCCCCAAAAGGCAAUAGAGGUCAUUCACAGACUUUUCACUUUUUCUCAAAAAUUUCCCUCCUUUUCUCUCUCUACUUUCUCCAGUUCUGGUUCGAUUGGUUCUAAUCUCACCAUCCCCCAUUAAUGGAGUCAUCAACAUCUUCGAAAAUAAGAACCAAAACCCAGAAAGGUAAACCCAGCGAAGACAUUCUUCCCGGCAAUGUUCUCAACUGUCGUCGAAUCAAAGAUGGGAAUUUUCAUCUCGCCAAGAUCAUUCAGAAGAGGAAUUUGAUCGGUGGAGGUGUUGGUGAUUUCGAGUAUUAUGUUAAUUACAUCGAUUUAAAUAGGAGGAAUGAUGAAUGGGUGAAAUUUGAACGAUUCGAUCUAAAAUCUUUAAAGCCUGAUAUUGAACCAGUUGAACCUGAAGAGCUUGCAGGAGUGAGAACUGUUGAGUGCAUAGAGCUGCGAAGGCAUGAGAUUAAAACAUGGUAUUCUUCCCCUAUUCCGUUAGAAUUUGAAGACUGUCGAAGGUUGCACGUUUGUGAGUUUUGUUUUACAUUUAAGAACUCUAGAUCGCAGCUUAAAAAGCAUAAGAAAGAUUGUCAAAUAAGGGACCCCCCUGGUCACGAGAUCUAUCGAGAUGGAAAUUUAUCAGUUUUUCAGAUUGAUGGAGCAACCAAUACUGAGUACUGUGAUAAUCUGAGCUAUCUAGCUAAGAUGUUUCUCGAUAUCAAGGGCAAUUUAGGAAGAACUGAAAACAAAAUGUUCUACGUUCUAAUUGUCCAUGAUGAUCUAGGAUAUGACAUGGUUGCAUAUUUUUCAAAGGUAAAACUUGUAAUGGAAUCUUACAAUGUUUCUCGCAUUCUAACUCUUCCUCCGUAUCAAAGACGGGGCUAUGGGACCUUUCUAAUUGGACUUGCUCAUGAAAUUGCAAAGUGGGAAAAAGUCAAAAUGGGCGGUGUAAAGUCGCAGCUUUCAGACCUUGCGCUAUCUUGUUACCGAAAGUACUGGAAUAGGGUCCUUCUAAGAGUACUGAAACAGCAUAAAGGCGGUCCUCUCUCGAUUCUGGACCUAAGUGAAAAGACUGCAAUACACCCCGAAGAUGUUACAGUCACACUUAAACAGCUGAAUCUGCUAGAGCUUGACAGAGAGAAUCGUAGAUACAAUGUCAUUACAGAUGCUGUGAGCCUUGCAAGGCAUGAUAUCUACUCGACAGAAACCGAGAUCGUUGAUUUUCCUGAUUAUACCAAGAACCUUGACAGUUAUUUUGAUCCGUGUCCUGACUUUGAUGCUGCGAAGAUGAUAACAUGGCUUCAUCCUCAAACCGAAGAAGAAGAAGAUUGAUUCCUAUAUUCCAUUCUUUCUCUAUUGUUUUGUAACAUUCAUCUUUAGAUAUCUGUCAAAAAAAAUAUCAUGAGAAUUAGUAGGAUAACCAACGGGAUUUUAAGUAGCCAUACAGAUGAGAGUGCCUUGAGUUUGAUAAUCUCAAAGUGAACCUGGCCUCCUUUGCAGAAGAAGAAAGAAGGAGACGAGAAACAACAGUACCAACAGUAACAAGAUUAGUGGUUUUUUGUUGUAGUUUUUCGUUUCUCUUAUAUUUUCCCCCCUGUAACAAUAUAUCAGUGGUUCCAGUUAUCUGUUUGGCUGAAAGCAUUUUGUGAACCUUAGAUUUAGUGCAGUAUGGUUUGUCUAUAUUGUAGUUUGGUUAUCAAACUAUAUCAGGAAAUUCAUUUCUUUUCCUGGUUAAUUGAAAAAUGUGUAACUGUUCCAUAUCUGGUCA